UCAGCCUCAGGGGCUUUUGACGACUGUGUGCAUCACCAGGUGCUAUUUUCUCCCUCCCUCUAGCAGCAUUCACUUGAUAGAGACUAAACCGACAUGCAUUGAUCUGAUGACGUAGUUAUCGUCUAUGUCUCAAGAUGUGACAUUUCACUUGUUCGUCAUUGCGCAUGUCGCCGCACGGAUCUGUGCUUGCUCACUUGUUUCUCAAACGGUCUUUCUCGGUAUCAAGUACACUGCUAGAAGUAUAGAGCCUGCAUUUUGCAGAAUCACUAAGAUCCAUCUGCGAUAUUUCGGAUCGUCACUGACAAAACCUGACUCCCGGGGCUCGUACUACAUAGGUCUACGCAAUAACUCGACGAAUGAUGCCUACUGUAGUUUUCCCGAAAUUGGAAAACCAAGCUUCUUCCAGGUAUGAAGCAGCAGCCUUUUUCCGAUUAGCCUCACGCAGAGUAAAGCCUUGGGAUGAGCAACGUGAGGAGUAGUCCUCUCAGUGAUGUCUUGUCGAGUUUGUUGAUACGCGCCUCGCUCCCGGCAUUUGACUGUUCGCAUCAUUCAUCUACUUCGACCACCCACGGCUUGACCACCACUGAUUGUUGAGCGGACCUAUUAUUUGUAUUUAAUACGGCCCCGACUGGCUCUUCGAGUGACUCAGAUUGACUCCCGCUUGUUCGCGCACGACUCAUAUAAGGCCGGGACAAGAUUGACAACAGUGCUUCAUAAUCCGUCAUGCAGACUUUCAACGACAUCUCGUACAUCAGCGAAGAGUUCGAUCGCCUGCGCGCAUUCGAUCUUGUUCUUCCUCCCAAAGUGGCCGAUGGGUCCCCCAUGGUCGUAUUCGUUCAUGGUGGUGCCUGGAAAGCGUAAGCAGUCUCGUUAUCCUCGUCUUCCCCCCGGAACAAUUGUGUCCAGGGAUGAUAAAGCGAGUCAUCUCUCAUUCGCGACGCUGGUCGCACAAAUAACGUCCUGCGCCGUACUCGUUCCCAAUUACCGUCUCACGCCGAAUAAGAUGACGCCUGAGAACGAGUUCCGCCAUCCCGGGCACUCUGAAGACAUUCUCCGAUUCCUCGUCUUCAUCGCAUCCGGUAGUCCAUGGCCGCAUGUUCCCGGAGCGACAUUCGAUCCUGCGGGUCGCAAGCUAUAUCUUAUGGGGCAUAGUGCAGGAGCCCACAUUCUGUCAUCGAUCUUUCUCGACUCCCAGCUGCCAUCGCUGUUGCCCUCUCGAUCUGUGCUCGAAGCCACAAAAGGCCUCCUGUUCUCAGAGGGAAUAUACGACAUCGAUAUGCUACUCGCCAGCUUCCCGUCCUAUCGCAGCUGGUUUAUCGCCGACGCUUUCGGGGAUCGCUCUUCAUACGAGAACGUUUCUGCCCUCCGGUUUCCGAUGCACAAAGAGAGCGGUUCUUGGAAGUGGCUGCUCGUCCACUCGAAAGGAGACACACUCGUAGAUGCGCAGCAGGCGAAUGCGAUGCACGCCCAUCUCUGUGCUUCAAUCGGACCUGCUGCGAUUGAGGAUGUCAAGAAGAAUGUCGAUCAACUCGACAUGGAGCACGACGAUGUGCUCAAAAGUGCUUACUUCCUCGAAUUGGUGCGAGACUUUGUGAUAGGGAGCGAGUAAAAUGCACAUCCAAUGUAUUGUAUAAAGAGCUGCGUCGACGAGAAGAAUAAUAAGGCAUGGCUGAUGGUGUACAGAUAGCAAACAGACUUCAGACUAGAAACCGUUGUCCAGGCUGCGGUGGGCCUGCAAAUCGUGCAUGACUGUCGGAUCCACUGCGAACGUUCGUUCAGACAUAGAUUCCUGAUUUGGGAAAGGACCUACCAGGCAGGACAGACUUUCUUCUCACAUGGGGCCCAUGAGACGGUGCCUCCAUCUCCAGCGAGCGCUGCACCAGGGCAUUAGUAGACGCAGAAAGUGUCACGGGGCUAUACGCACAUCCACACCAGGAUCAGCCAUCGGAACUCGUUCGAUGCUGUGUUCAUCUAAAUUUGCCGACAUGUCCUCGAUGGACACGGCGUUCAGCUCCAUUGAGAGGUCGAGAAUGUCGAUGUCCUCGGCGGUCGGAGGCGGCGGGCGCUGUAUUUCAACAUAUCCAGCGGGUAAUUUGCCUUCCGGGGCAUUCUGGAUGGCGAUUUCCCGCAUCUUCUGCCAUGCGUUGUACCGCUGGACAGCAUGCUCUUGCUCC